GAGCUACAGGUACCAACAGCUGCCUGGUAGUCAAAAUCUUAGAAUUUAUACCAGUGAAACCACCGGCGGUGCGGAUCAGUUUUGUCAGGUCUCAAUUACAUCUGACUCUGCAAAAUGGCUGCUGCUGAUGCACCCCUUCCUUCACUCAACUUUCAAUUGGAGCUGUUUCCAGAGACAUCAGGAACAAUUGCGUUGUUUGAAGAUGUGAUGAAUGUAACUGAUCUGAAGGGAAUGUUGAUCAAUAAAGAACUUGAUGCAGUUAUGCUGUCUCCUAAAAUGCUGGUCAGCCCAUUUCAGAUAAUGGUAGCAGUGAAUAAGGCACUCCAUGCACAUGCCACCGGCCAUGCAAAAACCAGGACAGUUAAUUCUGAAAUCAUCUAUAGCCUGUCUCCAUCCACAAAUAUCAGUGAAUCCUUCAAGGUUUUUGCCAUGGGAUCAACUGACACAUCAGUAGUAGUGGUUGUUUUAAAUGAUCCUGAUCAAACCAACCUGAAGUCAAUUGCUGCAAAGAUUGAAGGAGUCUGUGUUCCUCUAUCUCAACUCUCCAUGCAUACAGAUGAAAUCAUGAUCAAGAAGAAAUACUGCAUCAGUAAACCAGAACUAUCCGUAGGAUCCCUAGAAGAUGCUGUCAUCUGCAAAAUGGCAACAAGUGAUGUUUCCUGACCAGUCAGGUGAUUUUCUUGUGGACAAAUAGACUUUCUUACAAGGAAAGCCGAUUUGAAGGACAGUUGUGGAUACAAAGUGCUGUGGCCUGUGGAUGACUUGAUGGAUUCUCUUAUUCUGAUUCUUCAUACAGUGAGAUGUUUUUAAUUAAACAAGGUUGAAUGUUUUACCAAAGCACUUGAGGGUGCCAAGUCUGCGGACUUUGCCUUUAAUCUCGGGCAACAGCUUACAAUACCAUUGCAUUACCAACUCGACCAGUGUACUACUAGUAUUAUGGAAGAGUUCUUGAAUCAUCAAGAGUGUUGUAAGCAUGAUAGAUUGAAGACAUUUGAUGUAUCAAAGUUUCAUGUCUUUCAAACCAUGAUAUUUAUUGAAGACUUAGAAAAGUCUUGUUGAGGAGGUAUCAGGAAGCAGUCUCUGAUAUACAUGUACUGUAUGUUGCUCGUAAUAGCAAUAGGCUUGAUACAUUUAAGUGUAUGUAUGAUUCAGAGAGAAAAAAAGUAGCCAACGGUAUUUAUUAUGUUACAAAAUGUUAGGCUGCAUGCAAGUUUGGUACAAUGAAAUAUGUUCUUAUCCCCAAAGGUCUAAACCAUUGGUGAAUUAACCAGGUAAUUUUCAAAAUGUUCUUUGCAGCAGACAACUAUCCCCCCAUUGGGGGUAGAGUAUUCCUCCUAUAAUUAGGCCAUGGUACUCCAAGUAGUUAUUAUGAAUUCAUGUCCCUGUGGCCACCAAGUUGUUGGUCAAGAGCAGCUGUAUGUAUGGUAAAACUAUAAACCCCCCAAA